AUGAGGUUACAAAUCCGCAUUUUUCUAUCACUGACAUUUUGUCUGACUGUUGAUUGUCUAAAAAUUUUGCUUUAUCAACCAAGUUUCGGGCAUUCACAUGUGAAUUUUGUGGGUAAAGUAGCCGAUGUUUUGAUCGAUGCCGGACAUCAUGUGGUUAUUCUACAACCCGACUUCAAUCCGAAUCACAAGCCUGGAUCAAAGAAAGCAGAGUUGAUUCGAAUUUCCCCGAAUCCCGAAGUAGCCAAAACGAUUAAAGCAGUGGAUGAAGGUUUAAAAGUUCGAUGGGAGACACCCACUUUCUACUUCUUCACAAUGGCAAAGAUGAUGCGCCAGUUUCGAAAGCUCAACUACGAGUUUUGUGAUGAAUUGAUGCAAAACGAGACAUUGAUUGAGCGGCUAAGGGGAUACAAUUUCGACUACGCCAUGUCACAACCAUUUGAUGUUUGUGGAUUUGGGAUCUUCCAUCGUCUCCAUCUCGACAAAUUCUCAAUUCUUCUCUCUACAUCAAUCAGCAACAGUUUUUCUUCAAUGACCGGCGUUCCAGUGGCGCUUAGCUAUGUACCAGGAAUGUCAGGAGACGCAUCGGAUCGAAUGACGUUUUGGGGACGCGCCAAAAACACGAUGUCGUUUUUGUUCGAACAGUUUGCUGUUGGAUCAAUGAUAAGUCAAGUGGACGAUCUCAUCAAGAAAUACGAUCCAGAGUACCCUGGUGGAUUGGAGCAAUUGAAUCGUGCGUGCUUUAUGAUGCCAAAUACAGAGCCACUCUUCGAAUUCCCAAUGCCCACGAUAUAUAAAAUUAUCAAUAUUGGCGGGAUUUCAGUUCCACCUCCAUCAAAAGCAAAAAUCACAGAGGAAUGGAAUGAGAUUCUCAACCUACGUCCACACACAAUUCUCAUCUCUUUUGGCUCUUUAUCAAAAAGUGUCGACAUGCCAAAUGACUUCAAAAUCGGACUUGUCGAAGCAAUGAAAGAACUCCCCGACGUGACUUUCAUCUGGAAAUACGAGGAUCCAAGCGAUGAAGGAGUGAAGAGAGGAGCUGAGAAUAUCAUUCUAAACAAAUGGGUUCCACAAACAGACUUGCUGAGUGAUGAGCGAUUGAGUGGAUUUAUGACACAUGCCGGAGCGGGAAGUACAAAUGAGUUGGUGCUUCGUGGGAAAAAAGCAAUUCUAAUCCCAAUGUUCGGUGAUCAACAUCACAACGCUCGAGUGAUCGAAAAGCACGGUUCGAGUAUUCUCUUGGAGAAAAACGAUCUCAAAGAUCAAGCAACACUGACAAAAACGAUUCGCCAACUACUCCACGAUCCAGAACUUGAUAAAGCCGCCAAGCAUUUGGCCAAAAUGAUCGCCGAGAGACCGAUUUCACCACAAGAGCAACUCGUCAAAUUUACCGAAUUUGCGGCUAAACAUGGUCCAUUUCCUCAGCUCGAUCCCUACGGAAGACAACUUUCGAUUUUUACUUUUUACCUCGUCGACAUAAUUUUCUCAAUUAUCGUCAUUUUCUUCAUUUUUGUUUUCGUAUUAGCUUACAUCUUCAAAAAAAUCUUCUCGAGAUCUUCUAAAACAAAAACGGAU